AUGAGCAAAAUUAAACUAGAUUUUUAUAAUUUUAGAAAAUUAUUUCAUAUUGUGCGAUAUCCUUAUUGUAUAAAGGAGAAAACAGCUCAAGAAGCAAGUGUAGACAAGCAUGACAGCAAUAAAAGCGAAUAACUAAAUCACAUUGAGGAUGAUUUAACAAACGUAGAAAUAUGA